AUGUAUGAGCCAACACUAUUCUUCACACCGUCAACACGCGCAACAUGGAUCGCUGGGCAGAGCGUAGACGUCGUGAUGGAAGGAAUGGUCUAUUGCCAGGGCUGCCAGCACUACAGAACAUGGUAAGCUGAGCCAAUCCCAGCUGCUAAAGUCAGUGUUAUCUGCAAAGAUUACAGAAAGCGUGUCAGCUAUUACAAAGCAUUCGAAACAGAUGCAAAUGCAUAUUUAUAUCCACAAUUGAUAGGUUUCAAGAUGGGCCACUACUUGUUGGACCUUCCCCUCACUUCCUGCCAUGUGAAACUACUUACAUCGCCUCUAGAAAGCAGCAACCUCCUCACCAAUGUGAACUAUGGACUCAAUGGUUUGCCACUCCAUUACGAGGGCAAGAAACUGAUUAGGAGGAAUUACGAGGCCAUGGUUUAUUCGGCAAGUCCCCUGGCAUUCUGCCCAGCUCACUGCAUUCCCACGACUCACCCAUUAAACUUCAUUUUCCGUUAUCCUUUACUCAUGAUUCGUUGUUAUUGUCAUUUUCAUUUGUUUUUCUUGUUAGUUUCCCAUUCACUGCUCAUUUAACAAUUCUUAAAUGUAUCAGGACCUACUUUGUUAUAUUUCUUCAAUGAAAACAUUCUGCAGUCUAAACAGUAACACAGCAAUUUUAAUUUUCUCAAUGAUUUUGUUUCAUCAGAUGAGAUUAGUUGUGUUUCUCUUAGUGGGGGCACACAAGAGACCUAAACUGAGUGAGUAUUUCCUAUCCA